AUGUUUAAUGUCAGUGCCACUUUGAACGUGUCUAGGUUGCUUUCGAAUCCCAAACUUUGUUUGCCCCAUCUUUCGGUCAAAUCGUUUGAUAAUUUACCAAUUCCGUUUGAAAUUCCUGGACAUGAUGGUGUGCAGAUUAAAGGUGUUGUUAUAGACAAGGACAAUUGUUUUGCUAAAGACCGUGACGAUAAGGUCUGGCCAGCUUAUUCUGAAACGUGGAAAAGGUUAACAGAAACAUAUCCUGCGGAGCAUUUGCUUAUAGUAAGUAAUUCUGCAGGAACUAAUGAUGAUACUAAUUAUGAACAAGCUUCUAAGUUAGAAAAAGAUACUGGAGUCACAGUAUUGAGACAUCCCACCAAAAAACCAGGGUGUCACAAUGAAAUACGAAGCUACUUCAAGAAACAAGGCAUCACUAAAGCUAGUGAAAUUGUAGUUAUUGGAGAUAGGUUAUUCACUGAUAUGCUUAUGGCUAAUAUGAUGGGAUCAUGGGGUAUCUGGUUAAGUGAAGGAGUUGAAUUGUCGCAAAAGGUUUUCCCAAAGUUCGAGAGAAAUUUAUAUAACAGGCUAGUCACUCUGAAGAAAACUCCAACCAAGCCUCCAACACCAUCUCUGAAAUAA